CCUUGGCGCAUGCAGCAAAGAAGAAGUUGCCGCCACUUCACUAUAAGCACGGUGUUACGAGACAAAACAAAAUACUCUUAUCCAGCCAACUCCUUUGCUGUCGAAGUUAGUACCGACUCAAGACUUAGCUUCCCGCUUUCCCGAUUACUACCAUACCCUUGCGGUCCGCGAUCUGAGACGAAUGGCUCUGGCGCUGCAUAAACGCGCAGCAAAGGGUUGCCGCCUACAGCAGGCUGGGGAACACUCCGCUGCCCCGCGAGUCCGACCUUUCGUGCCGCUCUCUAGCAUCUGCCGUCUUACACCUCUUAGCUCUGGUGUUGACCUUGCGCCGGUUGCUGCUUCCGGAAGGCCGUCGCGAUGCAGUCUUGUGGUCAGCGCUGUCGCUAAGGCCACCAACACCGUCCGGAUAGCAAUCCAAGGGCGGCGACUGCCUGUGACAGAUGCAAUUAAGCAGUAUGUCGAGGAGAAGGUGGCCAAGGCCAUUCACAACUUCGCCCACAGCCUAAAGCACAUUGACGUGACAUUGUCGGCCCGCGGGGGCGACACUGGAACGCACGGCAAGAAGGAGCAGAAGGUGGAGGUGACCAUCCACACCCUCCGCAACGGCGUCGUCCGCGUGGAGGACUCCGGCUCCAGCUUGUACGCCGCCAUUGACACGGUGUGUGACAAGCUGGCGCGCAAGCUGGGGCGCGUGAAGGAGCGCGCCAUUGCGGCGGGUCGGUGGCCGGGUCGCGGCGGGCCCAAGGAGGAUGUGGCGGAGGAGGACUUCCAGGAGUUCCUGCAGGAGGUCCGCGCCCAGACGCAGCUGUACGACCGUGAGGCGGAGCUGCAGGCGCAGUUCGAGCAGCUCAACCGCCACUACCCAGCUGCCGUACUGCGUGCGAAGAACAUCACCCUGGACCCUAUUUCCGUGGACGAGGCGAUUGACGCGCUGGAGGCGGUUGGGCACAGCUUCUACGUCUUCCGUGAGAUGACCACGGACACCGUGCAGGUGCUGUACAAGCGUGAGGAGGGCGGGUACGGAGUCAUCGUGCCGCAGUUCCGCGACUGAGAGGAGGGGAUGCCGGGUGUGGUGAGGAAGGCAGGGAGGGGCGUAGUGGCAGAGGAGAGCAGGGAGGCGAGGUGACAGGAUUGCUCGCCAGUUUGCAACAUACGUUGCUUACCCAGCCAAGCAGCUACACAGGCGGAUGCGUCGUGGCGUGGCAUGGGUGACCGAGGGUGCCUGGAGCGGCCUGUGUGUCCCUGGUUAGGAGCAGGCAGGGGGGUGGUCCGAGGGGCGGGGGCUAGGAGCAGGAAGAGCAGAAUAUAGAAAUUGUGGGGAGUUUCAGGUGGCUCCGCCCUUACUCCCUGUACAGUAGGCAAGUAAUAACAAAGCAUGUGUUAAAUUCCAAAGUUUGCUACCGAUGUGUGCACUAUGGUGGUUUUAUACUGUUGUUUACUCUGUGCCAACAAGUAAAUGUUGUUGCAUACUCGUUAAGCAAUAUGGGUAUUUAACACGACCCAUUUGAUGACGUUCUUGGACGGUUCUAAAAACUUCAUGCAUGUGGUUGGUAAUACUGCAGACUAACUAUUUUACUA